GGAAACGUAGUGGCGGGUACAUUGCACAGUGAAAGUUUUGACAAGUCACUUGGCAGAAGAGUAAAUUCGAAAUUAUUCUAGUGUAAUUGCAGAGUAACAUUCGAUAAAUAAUUAGUGGCCACUAGCAGCACAGCGCGGAUGAGUUCGAAUGCAGCUAACAGGCGAGAUGAAACGAAAAAGUACCGCUUCGUUAGAGUCUUAAGCAGUAUUCAUCGAUGGUACCACGCCAAAACCACGGACGGGCAAGAAGCCACACCUCAGGAAAACUAUUUGUCUCUAGUACAUCUAACAAAAAACAAGGACUCUUUACUUGAGAGUGCUGCAGCACGACUUGCGGUAGAGGUAGAAAACCUGGCCAAAACUCUCCUCCAUUUCCAGGGACUGUUAGGGCAUCCUUACUACCCAAUGGACACAGUCAACAUCAAAUUUAUUAUUCAUAAUAUUACUAUUAUUAAAUCAUAGAUAUUUUAUUUACUUUGCUUAUUUUUUAUUAUUAUUAUUUUUGUUAUAUUGUUAUUAAGUAGAAUGUAAUUCCCUAACAGACUCGUCAUAAACGAUUAUAACUGUAAAUGUGACUCAACAAACUAUUAUUAUUAUUAUUAU